AUGAAUAUUCACCCAAUAAUAGUACAUUCUCUCUAUUCAACAUCAAAUAGCCAAUUAAUUGGAGGUUUAGAAGCAUUACAAUAUUAUACAGCUAAAGUACAUUUAUUGAAUAACCGAUUUGAAAGUAAACCUUCAAAUCUUUUAGAAUUUAAAACAAUUGAAGGAAUUCCUUCAAAAGUUCACAGUUUACGUGUUCAUUCAGUUGGUUCUCGUUCAGUUCUUGUUACAUGGCAACCACCAUUACAUCCAAACGGAAAUUUAAGAGGAUAUUUUAUUACAUUCCAAAACGGACUUACCGACCAUAUUGAAGAAACCUAUGUUUUGCAUCGUCAACAAUUUUAUUUACACGAACAAUUAAAGCCAAACACUCCAUAUAGAAUUUCUGUUUGGGCAGAAACUGGUGGAGGGGAAGGACCUCGUCUUUGGCGAAAUACAAAAACUUGGCCUUUUCGAAAUUUUAAUGAUGAAUGGAAACUUAGUGAAUGGAUUACUUUACCCCAAACUUCACUUGAAUUGAAGAAUCUUAAGGAAGAUACAGAUUAUAUAAUAAUUGGUAUUUCUAGAGAAAUUGGUGCUUCUUUAUCUCAUUCAAAACCUUUAACAAUUAAAACUGAAAAUUAUAAAAUGAUUUCUUUGUUUAAUAAAGAACGUAUUCGAAGUGCCGCUUGGUUUCUUUCUGUUUUAAUAGUUAGUGUAAUAGUUUUAUCAAUUGUUUGUGCAAUGUGUGCAUUAUCACAAAGAAAUUCUGGUGGAUUAGUUGGUGUAGUUAAUGGAAUUAAAUUGAGAGAAAAAAGAUUUGGACCGGCAUUUAGAAUAGAUAAUUUAAAUAGAGAUGAUUUGUCUUCUGAAGAAGGGUCUUCAUCUUCUUCUAAUUAUUUAAUUAUGAAACCAAGAAAUGUUAAAAAGGGUGGGUAA